CACCGUCAAUCUCCACAACGCCAAGCAUGAAAGUCGGAAAGCCCAAAUCGAAGCGCGUUCCCGUGCGGCUGCGGCACAAAAUCGAGAAAGCCUCCGCGGCGAAGCAACGGAAAAUGAAGAAGCAGGCAAAGAAGAAUCCUGAAUGGCGUUCGAAAGUCAAAAAAGACCCCGGCAUUCCCAACCUGUUUCCUUACAAGGACAAGAUCCUGCAAGAGAUCGAGGAAAAGCGCAGGCUGAAGGAGGACGACAAUGCCCACCGCAAGGAACUAGCAAAACAGCAGAACCUUAGCGGAAAUGCUGCAAUAGAUACUAUGGAGGAAGACGAGAUCGUUGCAGAAGAGGACGAUCUCGCAGACGAGCUUGAUGACGACUCCAUGCAGGUGGAUGAGUCGAACCCCAUGGCGGCGCUCCUCGCCUCUGCCAAAGCUCGUGCGGCCCACUUUGAGCAGAAGAAAGCACCAGACGAAGACGCGAUGGACGACGACGGAGAGGAUGAAUUCUCGGGAUUCGACGACGAAGACGAGGAUGGCACGUCAACGGCCAAUAUCCGAAAAGACUCCUCGAGAAGGGCUUUUGACAAAGUGUACAAGCAAGUCGUGGAAUCCGCGGACGUCGUGGUAUACGUGCUUGAUGCGAGGGACCCGGAAGGGACGAGAUCAAAGGGGGUGGAACAGAUGGUUAUGGCAACUGAUGGAGGAAGUAAACGAAUGAUCUUCAUCCUGAACAAGAUCGACCUCGUACCACCCGCCGUCCUGCGAGCGUGGCUCGUUCACCUGCGGCGGUCAUUUCCCACUCUUCCCCUCCGUGCGUCGAAACCAGCGCCGAACGCAAAAACUUUCGACCACAAGGAUCUCACCAUGAAAGGCACCUCGGAAACGCUAUUCAAAGCUCUGAAAACGUUUGCUGAGUCAAGGCAACUGAAGCGAUCCACCAAAGUUGGUAUUAUCGGGUACCCCAACGUCGGCAAGUCAUCGGUUAUUAACGCCCUAACGUCGAGGCUGGGUGGAAGGACCGGGACAUGUCCAGUUGGAGCUGAAGCUGGCGUCACCACCAGCUUGCGCGAGGUUAAGCUGGAUAACAAACUGAAACUGCUCGACUCCCCGGGAAUUGUAUUUCCUAACAACACGGAGGGCGGCAAGAAUAGCAGGGUCGAAGAGCAUGCCAGGCUCAUCCUCCUCAAUGCCAUUCCACCUAAGGAGAUUGACGACCCAGUCCCGGCAGUGAACUUACUGCUGAAGAGACUUUCGACUUCCCCAGAGCUAUUCGCGAAACUUGUGGAUAUUUAUGACCUAGCACCAUUACACACCACCAAUGGAGACACAACAACGGAUUUUCUCGUUCAAGUCGCGAGGAAGAGGGGUCGGUUAGGUAAAGGGGGUGUUCCAAAUCUCCACAGUGCAGCGCAAACUGUUCUUACAGACUGGCGAGACGGGCGCAUCCAGGGCUGGACCGAUCCUCCCAAGUACAAGCCGGACGCAGCUCCUGCCACGAAGUCAGCUCCUGCAUCCACUGGAGGUGAUCAAAAGGAGAUUGUCAAGGAAUGGGCCGCUGAAUUCAAGCUUGAGGGUCUUUGGGGAGACGAGGCGAAUGAGGCGGCUGAUGUCAUGGAGACAUGAUGUAUGUAUUGUCAGGCGAAAUGGCGUUAAGAAGGGACAGGAAGGGCGUAAGUGCAUCUCCAAACAGAGCCUCUCCGUUCACGAUACCAAUGAAUCCUAGUUCUGUUGUAUG